UCUGAUGGCAAACAAGUUGGAUACGGCAAUGUGGAUUUCCCGCUUGUUCACAGUUUACUGCUCAGCUUUAUUUGUCCUGCCUCUUCUAGGGUUGCACGAAGCCGCGAGCUUUUACCAGCGGGCCUUGCUGGCCAACGCUCUCACCAGCGCCCUCCGCCUGCACCAGCGGCUGCCCCACUUCCAGCUCAGCAGGGCCUUCCUGGCCCAGGCUUUGCUGGAGGACAGCUGCCACUACCUGCUCUACUCCCUCAUCUUUGUUAAUUCCUACCCUGUCACAAUGAGUAUUUUCCCAGUUCUGCUGUUUUCUUUGCUUCAUGCUGCCACAUAUACAAAAAAGGUUCUUGAUGCACGAGGUUCAAAUAGUCUGCCCUUUUUAAGAAAUCUUCUGGAGAAGCUGAAUGCUAAUCAACAGAAUAUUCUAAAAUUCAUUGCUUGCAAUGAAAUUUUCCUGAUGCCAGCUACAGUUUUCAUGCUCUUCAGUGGGCAGGGGAGUCUUCUCCAGCCGUUCAUUUACUAUAGGUUUCUUACGCUACGCUACUCCUCUCGGCGAAAUCCGUACUGUCGGGCCCUCUUCACUGAGCUGAGGAUCGUUGUUGAACAUCUAAUAAUGAAGCCCUCGUGCCCUGUUUUUGUAAGAAGGCUCUGUCUCAGCAGCAUUUCCUUUAUAAGCAGAUUGGCACCAACUGUUGCGUAGCUGACUUCCAAGCCUUUAUGUAAUGUGAACAUUAUGAGCAGCUGGCACAUCUGCUGAUGAUUAUAAAUUCCUGGUUUUACACUGAUCUCA